UUGUUUAGUGAAGUAGUUAUAGACAUUGACGACGACACAGAUACAGAUAAAGAUAUGGCAACAAAGGAACAACAACAACCAGUAGAUCAACUAUUCAAAGAGUUGGAUGAGUAUAUCCAACAAUCACAAUACAAGAAGGCUAUUAGAUUAUGCAACAAGAUAUUGGUUGCGAAUAAGACAGAUGUAGAGGCAUUCCAAUGCAAGGUUAUUUGUUUGAUGUUCAAUGGCAGUUUCCAAGAGGCAAUCGAUUGUUUGAAGUCUGCUGCAUCACCUGCCACACAGAGUGAGCCAAUGCUUUAUGAGAAGUCAUACUGUCUAUACAGCUUGACAAAGUACAACGAAGCAUUGCAAGAGAUCGCCACCAUCAAGCAGAAGCCAAACAAGUUCUUGGAGUUGGAGGCACAGAUUUACUACAAGCUUGAGAACUACCAAAAGACAGUCUCUAUCUAUGAGUCAUUGCUCAAGGAACCUGGCUACAAUGAGAAUGCAGAGUUGUUGACCAACCUCUGUGCAGCAUACAUUGAUGCAGGAAAGGUACAAGAGUGCCAGGACUUGCUCAACAAGCACAAGAACUUGCUUGCCAAGACCUAUGAGUUUGCCUUCAAUGCUGCCUGUCUGUCACUCUACAAGAGAGACGUCAAGUCUGCCGAGACACAAUUGAAGCUCGCCAAGAAGGUCUGUGUUGAGACACUAAAGAAGGAUGGAUUCAGUGAGGAGGACAUUCAACAAGAGUCUUCAUCAUUGAAUGUUCAGCUGGCUUACUGCCAGCAGUUGAUUGGCAACGUUGAGGAGGCGCGCGAGGCAUACCAGAGUGUGUUGGACUUGGAGAUUGGCGACAGCGCAUCAUUGGUGGCCAAGAACAACAUUGCCACUUUGAAGCAGGCAUCGGGCGCCACUGACUACAUGGCCAGCCACGAGCAUAUCAAGUCGCUCAUCAAUGAGAAGACAGAGAACAAGCUGACCUCGCGUCAGAAGCAAAAGGUGCUUUACAACCAGUACAUUGUGUCGCUCAAUCUCAAGAAGGUGACACAGUGCGAGGAGCUGCUCAAGACUCUCAAGACCAAGUACAACGACGCCGACAUCAAUCAAGAGAUCGAGAUUGCCCUCUCCACGCAGUUGGCCAAGGACAAGAAGUGGCGCGAGGCUGAGGAUCUUCUAAAGAUCCCUAACCUCUUUCUCCUCCGCCAACAGCAAAACAAGUCACUCAAGUCACAACUGGCACUGGCACAACUCUAUCUUCUCGAGAACAAUAACAUCGAGAAGGCAUUGGCCGUGCUCAAGUCAUUGGACACAGCCACACAGGCCAAGCCUGGUAUCAUUGCCACGAUGGUGGCACUCUAUGAGAAGGCUGGCGAUUUGGAGCAGGCAAGCUCAAGCCUCGACACAUUGAUCGCUUCGCUCGAAGCAAAGAAGAACAAGACCGAGAAGGAGGAGGACUCAUACAUAUCGUUGCUAAAGGUCAACGGUAACUUCAAGAUGAAGCACUUGAAGUAUAAAGAGGCUGCCAGCUGCUACGAGAAGGUGCUCAAGGUCAAUGCCAAUGAUCUCGUUGCACUACCAUCCUACAUUGUCGCCGCCUCCCACUACGAUCCAACCGUCGCCCAGAAGUAUGAGGGCAAACUCCCAGCCAUGAAGUACAACGAUAAGAUUGACGUCGACCUCAUUGAGAAGCUUGGUCUGGAAUACGAGAAGAGCUUAAAGCCAGUGGAACAGCCAGCACCAACACCCGCAGUUGUUGACAACAAGAAGAAGGACACAAAAAAGCCAGCACCAGUGGCACCGGUGGUAGUCAAGCCAAAGAUUCCAAAGAGAUUGCCAAAGAACUACGAUCCCAAUGUCAAACCAGAUCCAGAGCGUUGGUUGCCAAAGUGGCAGCGAUCGGGACACCGUUCCAAGAAGGGCUUCAAGGGCAAGAAGGUCGAUCAACUCGCUCGUGGCUCACAAGGUGUUUCAUCAUCACAGCAGGCCAGCACCCUGGCCGCUGACGGUGUUACCAAGGUGAUUGAGCAGCGCGCGCAAGCACCACCCGCUGCCAAGCCAAGGAAUAUCAACAAGAAGAAGACCAACAAG